GGGAAAGCCAUCUUACGACCGUGUAUAAAUUUGUUUCCGUUAUCCUCUGUUUGUUUCUGUGCUCUUCAUCGCUCUCGAUUUUUCUCCAUUAGACAUUUAACGAGCUUUAAUUCCGUCCGCUAAGAAUAGGGUUUCUCGUCGUUUCACCGAAUCUCGAAUCUCACGUUGCAGCCAUGAUUUCCGAUUCAAUCCCCAAAGCUUCGAUCCCCAUGUGUUCUGCUAACCCUAAGGAUUUAGCAAAGAAAAAGAGGGCUCAUCGUUCGGCGAAGUUGAAGCAGUACAAGCUCGAUGCCCGGCGCGAACAGUGGCUUUCACAAGGUUUGUCGAAGAUCUCUCUUUCCCCUCUCUAUUAGAAUUUGAAUUUCAGUUGUCUUGUUUUUAUCACUUCAAUCGAUGUUAUUGCAUUUUGUUUUCGUUGUAUUGGGGUUUUGUGAUUUUGGCUUUUUAUAGUGAAGAAUAAGGGACAAAAGGAGGAGCUGAAUUGUCAAGGUGGGACUUGUGGUGGUGUGAAAGAAGAUGUGAAUAAAAUGGCUAGAUCUAUAGACAAGUUAAAGAUAAAUCCUCAGACUGUGGAAGAAGAUAAUGAAGGCUCCUUUAACAAUUACAGUGAUUUGGACUCUCCUGCGAACAGCCCAACCAACCAAUCAAGUAGCGACUUGGGUGGAAACUAUUCCAGUACAAACUUCAGUGGUAGCAGCAGCGGCAGUAGCAGCAGCAGCCAAUGUUGGUCGGGCAAUAUGAGCGAAGAAGAAGAUGAAGAACAUGAUGGUUGUCUAGAUGAUUGGGAGGCCAUAGCAGAUGCUUUGGCGGUCACUGAUAAGAAGAAGCAUGGAGAUGAGCACAGUCCUUGUUUGGGCACGCAUGGAAAUGCUGUUCAAUCAGGUUCAGACCAGCCAGUUUUGUCCGGUGUAGAUAAAUCGAAGGCAAAAGGUAGAGCCUGGAGGCCUGAUGAUGCGUUUCGUCCUCAGAGUCUGCCCAAUCUGUCCAAACAGUAUAGUUUCCCCACGAAUACAGAGCGGCUUUACCAUUGCGGAGGGUCUGUUUGGGGUAACUUAGCGUCCGCACCGACUUCUUGUCCUAUAUGCUGUGAAGAUUUGGAUCUCACGGACACGAGUUUUCUCCCCUGUACUUGUGGGUUUAGGCUGUGUCUCUUCUGCCACAAGAGGAUUCUUGAGGAGGAUGGGCGGUGUCCUGGUUGCAGGAAGCAGUAUGAUGAAAACAACAGCAGCAGCCUAUCAUCAUGUCGGUUGGCUCGUUCUUGUAGUAUGAUCUCAAGGUCCUAAGCAAGGAAGAAUCGCAAUGCGUGUUAGUUCCUUAUUUUUCCCUUUUUACAUAAUUGUGUGGGUGUUCUUACUCUCUUCGACUCUUUCAAAGUAGAUCACUAGGACAUUAUAAAAGGAAGAAUGAUCAUUCUGUGGAGUUGUUCUGAUUCCCUUAUGAUGAUGAUGUGUAUGGUGCAUGCAGGGUAUUAUAGAAAGAACGUUGCUUAUGGGAGUAGGGUAUGUUGGUGGUAUAGAGAAAAUUCAAUGUGAAAUUUGUUGACUGUAAUAAAGAACUUUGUUAGUUUGAUGAUGUUACAUUCUCCCUAUUAAUAAUUGCAGAAAAUUAUCAAUAAUGAAUGCUUAUACAUAAA